AACGUAACGUAAAGCAUCCUACGUUCAUUUUGGCCUAGUCAAUCUUUUAGCUCUACAUGUCAAGAAACUAAACAAUAGUCAUUUCAUGCAAAAUUGGUGAUUUUCCGUAAUAGUAUGCUUAUACAUCGCGCGCUAUGUCGAGGCUGGUCAACUCAGGUGGCUUACAGACUUCAUCCGACUGCCCCGCCAACGGCGUUACCACUCCACCCAUGUCGACAGAACCUGCUACCAAGAAGACAUUGGCAGCCACCAGCGCGGCAAAUCCAUGGGCACCGACAGCGCAGCAGCAACAUGAAACCCACAAUAGCUGAGCCCGUACCAGAGAGCGGCGCGGUUCCCAGUGUCAAUGUGAUCAAAGCAGUCGCAUUUACAGGAGCAUUCAGUUUCGGUUGCUUCGCUGGUGCUACAAUUAUGGAGUACGAAAACACACGAAGUAUGAUCCUGGCGAAAGCGAAACAAGCUCGCUUUGGUUGGUGGCAAAGCCGCUCGCUAGUUGAUCGCGACACUUGGUCGCAAUUGAAACAUGACAUAAAGCGCCAUUGGGACACGCUCACACCUGGCGACAAAAUGUUUGCACCAAUAUUUGUGUUCAACGUCUUGGCAUUUGCACUAUGGCGAGUGCCUGCCCUGAGGACCACCAUGAUGACAUAUUUUACCUCUAAUCCAGCAGCGCGAGUCGUCUGUUGGCCCAUGUUCCUUUCUACUUUUAGUCACUACUCUGCGAUGCACAUAUUUGCUAAUAUGUAUGUCCUGCACAGCUUUUGCAAUGCUGCUGUUUUGUCCAUGGGUAAGGAACAGUUUCUGGCAGUGUAUUUAAGUGCUGGUGUAAUAUCAAGCUUAAUGAGCGUACUGUAUAAGGCGGGAACCAGGCAAGCGGGCAUGUCCCUAGGAGCGUCAGGUGCAAUCAUGGCAGUGUUGGCCUACGUGUGUGCACAGUAUCCCGAUACACAGCUGAGUAUAUUGUUCGUACCUGGCCUAACAUUUUCCGCAGGUGCAGCAAUAAAAGUAAUAAUGGGCAUUGACUUUGCCGGCUGCGUGCUGGGAUGGAAGUUCUUUGACCAUGCUGCGCACUUAGGAGGUGCGCUAUUUGGCAUCUUUUGGGCAAACUAUGGAGCACAAGUAUGGGCAAAACGUAUCAGUUUGCUGAACUAUUAUCAUGAGCUGCGCAGGACGAAACAGAAAUGAGUAAAGCGCGCAUGAAAUUACAUCGAAAAAAUUAAGUGAAAAAAUUUGUGAAAAUUACCGGUUUUGUAAAAUGAAACGCUAUGCUGCAUUAAAAAACGAUACCAUUCAGCUUCA